AUGGGUAAUAGUUACUUACUUUAUAAGCAAUUUACUUUGAUAAAUUAAAUGUAAAUAACAAUAAUAUCUUAGAGGUACAUUAUAUUAUACAUUUAUUAUUGGACAUUAUACUGGUAAAUUUUUUAUACAUAAUUUAUUUGUUUGUGUACACAUCUGAGUGUUGAUAAAUAUAUAUAUAUCAUGAAAAAUCUUAGAAAAAAAACGAAAUAUAAUAAUAAUUAAAAAAGGACUGACAUAUUUCACAUGUGGGUGCAACCACUGUUAUCUGUGAAAAGUUGGUAAGGUAGGCUACAGACGGUUUAACAGGUUUAAAGACAAUUUAAUGUAUAUCUGUAAGCAACAAUAAACUAUUGCUAACGAAAAAAACGAAAAGAGUCGAGAUUAAUUGAUAAUGUUGCUUCGUCAACAAUACAAUAUAUGGUAUUAUGUCAUGUUAUGGUAAAAUGAUUGAAACUAUGUGCGUUUCCAUGACAACAAUUUUUUAAAAAAGAUUAAAAUAAUAAAAACUUAAUAACAAAAAUUAAAUUAAAACAAUUGUCAAUGACAAUCUUUUUUUUUAAUCUUUCAAUCUUUUUUAACCUAAGAGAGAUUUUCCACAUUAUCUCAAAUAUUAAAUGAGAAUUUCAAAAAAUGAACCCUUUAAAGUAUCACCCAAAAAAAAUUUCCUUUCAGAAGAGGUCUUAUACUUGAUAAUCAAAGUGUGCUUUCUGGUAGAAAAAGUGUUCACAUAAAAAAUAAAAUAAACAUCAUUGUAAAACCAAUACAUUCGUCAUUCUAAUCAGAAUUAAAAAUCUAUAAUAAAUACAGUAGAAACCACUUUUUAGGAACACUGAUAAUUGAUACAAUCGCGUUAAUUAAACAAAAUGUAUAUUAAAACCAAUAGUUUAUUAGUAACAAUCGGUUAAUUGACACAUUUCAUGUCAGUCUUGAAGUGUUCCUAAUAAGUGGCUUCUACUGUAUAUAAUAAGUUAUGGAAUAACGGCAUAGUUAAUUUCAGGGGGUGGUUUUGGGGGGCUAAAAUCACUCCCAAAUUGACUUCCGUAAUUUUAACCUUGUUUUUAUAUAUUAUAUUUAAAUAUAAAAAUAAUGCUUGAAAUCUUAACUAUUCUUCCAGUAUCAACAGCGACAGCAUAACAACUUUUUUUAAGUUUAUGUCGCAUAAAAACAUACUUAGGAUCAACUACUGGAGAAAACUCUGACUCACAAGAUUAGCUCUUCUAUCAAUCUAUAAUGACAUACCAGUAGACCUAGAUAAAGUAGUUUCAAAAUUUGUUUCAUCUUCAAAUUGGAUGUAAUACAUACUAGUAUAAACUAUGAAAAAUACUGGUUUCUAAAAAUAUGUUUAUUUUUUUUGUUAUUACUUUUUACACUUCAUAGGUGCUAAUUUUAUUAUUUAUAGUUAACACUUUAUAAGGUUAACUAUUAAAAUGUGUUUAUAAUAUUUAACAGUAUCAUAAAAAGAUUACAGGUUUUUAUGUAUGCGUACAGAUUUACUAUUUUAUGUACAUUUUAUAAAAUAAUUAAGAAAUAUUAUUUGAAAAAUAAGCUUUUAAACAAUGUAAAUUACGAUUUAGAAUUAUAAAACUUAUUUCAUAUGUUUUGGCUUUAUUUUAUUAUCAGGUUACUGAUAAAAUAAUGCAGAAUAGUUUGUAUAUAUAUACAUUUAAAAAGAAACAAAAUAAAAUAUAAAAUUACCAUAUCAAAUCAGAUAUUAAUUAUUUAUUCACAAAUAUAUGUAAUAUAAUAUGUACAAACAAAAUGUUGUUUAGAAUUGUUCUUCAAUUAAUAUUAUUUAAAGGUGGGUUAACUAUGGAAAUUGUAUAUCAAAAUCAUCUUCAAUUUUAACAUAAUUAUAGUUAUUGGCACAUAAUUAAUCACAAUUAUAUAAUGCCAUGAAUACUUACAAUGUUUUGUGUUGCUCAUGUAAGAUAAAUAUUAUUAAUAUUGGAGCCCUAAAAAUUGCUUUAAAAUUUAUAUAACAAUACAAUCAUAACUUAUUUCUAGAAGUAUAAAUUGUAGAGUAAAAAAUAUGUAAUAUGAAUUUCCUACAUUGUUUUUGUACUCUUUAUAAUUUAGUUUAGCAACUGUUUCAAAUCUUAGGAACCCGCUAAUAUUAGCCAAUAUUUUUAAAUCUACAUAAACAUCAGUCUUUUAUCAAAAGUACAAUUACUGUAUUUUGUUAUAUUUGUAUAAAUAAUAUUUAUAUAUAUAUGAUUUGUUUUUCAAACAAUUGAAAAAAGACAAUUUAUCAAAUAGUCAAAUAGUGAUUCGGAUAUAACAUAUUAUUAAUGUCAAAAAUAUAGUAAAACUGAUUCAGUCUUCAAUAUCAUAGGAAUGUAAUAAUAAAAUGACACAUUAUAUCUUUUAUUUUUAAUAUAGAAAUGCUUACUGCAUAUAUUAAAUACAACUGGAAGGAUGAAAAAUCUUUAAAAUGUUCAUUUAAUGUAUAGAAAUGUCAUUCUUUGGAAAUUUAACAAAACUUCUAAGUAAAUUAUCUUUAAAUUAUUUAUCAAUAAUUAAUUAACUAUGACUAUAAUUCAUUUUUAGUGUUGAGAAUAUGGGAGAAUCAUGAGGUCACUAUCUCCGGUGCCUUCUCCUAGAAUGGAAAGUAAUUUAUUCAAAAAGACAAAUAUGCAAAUAGAAAUAAUGUUUUCUUGACAUCCUUCUUCAGGUACAAUAAAUAAUUUUAAUGCAAUAAAAUAUAUAUAAUUCUUAUUAAUAUAUUAUAGAAAACAAUACAAAGUUGAGACAUGUAUGGUAGGGAAAUUAUAGAUUGGAGACCAGAUGUUGCUGUUGGAGAGUAUUCAAAUACUGAUUAGACUUCAAUGAUAUGUUGAAUAAAGUAACAUUGUUCUUAAAAUUGUAUACAAGAAAGUUAUAAUUAUAGAAUAAUUUCCUAUAGAUAUUUCAAAAUCUAAGCAUGGCAGAAGAUAAUUUUGCUUUUAGAUCUAGUACCAACCAAUAUUAAUUAUGGUAGUAUGUCAAGUGUUAGAAAGUCAUGUGUCAUAAAGUCGAAUAUCAUAAAUUUUAGUCUCAUAAAAGUGAUGUAUUACAAAAAUUAUUUCUCAUAAAAAUCAUAUAUUAGAAAAGUUACAUCUCAUAAAAUUGUUAUAAACAAAAACCACAGACAAAAUUAAAUUUAUAUGUUAUAAAAAUAAAAUACAAAUAAACCUAACCGAACACAGGAAAAUUGUAAUUAUUUCUUAUCAUUUAUUUGUUUAUUGGAGUAUGUACUGAUGAGUAUGAUGACUAAUAUUGUUCCUUAUCGUUUAUUAGUUUCAUCUAUAUUUUUAAUUAGUGAAACGCAAUACCUGGUUUAUUAUUUUUCAUUUAUUGUACCUACAACAUAAUUAAAAUUUAUAUUAUUUAAGGUUUAUACAAAUUGGAAUACAAUAAGAGCAGAAGGAAACAGAAGUUAGCAUAGAACGUUUAAUAACAUCAUUUUAUUAAUAUUUAAUUUUUAUAAAAUUAAAUUGUAUAACAAAUUUUAAUUUCUCUGUGCUUUUUAUUUUUAUAACUCAUAUUUAUAACAUUUUAUACUUUUAUAAUAUGAUUUUUAUGAGAAAUAAUUUGUAUAAUACAUAACUUUUAUGAGACUUAAAUUUGUGAUAUCCGACCUUAUGACACAUGACUUUCUAACACUUGACCUAGAUUCAUUAAUUAUUGCUCUGUGGUGUUUUCAGACAUGUUAAAAUUUUUGGUUUAUUAUCAAAGAAUUAGUUUUGUUAAGUUUUUUAUAGUUUACCUUUGCAAAUUUAAAUUAUUUGACUAACAUAUUUUAAUUGAUCAUAUUCUCAUUCAUUAUAAAACUUUCAAUUGUUAUAAAAUGUACUAAUUAAAUUAUUUGUUUUCAAAUUAGUUGACAAGUAUAACAUAAAUAUUAUUUUAUUAUUUUGGGCCUUGAAUUUACCAACAACUUAUGUAUAUGAUAAGCUCCAUGCAUAUAGAUUAUUAUGCUAAAUUACACUAAAUAAUAACAGAGAUGUAUCAUUAAAACUAAAAUAUGUCACACAAUUUUUCAAAGUUCUACAUUACGGUCCUUAUUUAAGAAUAAGUAAAUAAAAUAUUAGACUUGAUUUUAUAGAUGUUGCUAAUACAAUACUAAAAAAUAGGCCUUGAAUUUUUGUCUUAUCAAUUACCAGGUUUUACAUUAUUAAUAUUGGAUUUUGUUUGUGCCUAUAAUGAACUCCUUAGUGGAACAAAUUUUAGUAAGGUUAUAAAUAAUACACGGUUUGGUUUUUGUAACAAAAAUAAUAAUUACAAUUGUUUAUAAAAGCAUUUAUUUUAUAUUUAAGUAUUAUAUUUCCUUUAUUCUUCAUUAACUUUUACUCGCAUCGUUUUCCAGUGAGUUAUAAUAUUUUAUAAUUUUUAUUAGGCACCAUGUACUGAAGCCGUGUCUAUAUUUGGAACAUUAUUAUGUUUUGCGGCUAAUCUUACCAAAGUACCUUAUCUUAAAUUUAAUUGCCACCAGUUUCUAAUUACAUUUGUCCUAAUAUCAAAGUGAAUUAAAAAUAGAUUACUUUAUAUUUUAUUAAACAAAUUAAUAAUUAAUAUUUUUUUUUAGGAUACUGUAAUAACCAUUAUAUUAAAAUUAGCUAAAAGAGAAUCUUCUGGAUUAGUAAAGUGUAUUUCUUUAUCUAAUUUGGGUAUUUUUGUAUGUCAAGAAUUAAGUAAACCUCACUCUUUUCAUCCUAAUGUUAAAGAAGCAAUUAUCGCAUGGCUACUUGCUUUACAAGCAAAUAUCAAUGUAAUUACUAAAACAACAUUAUAA